UUCUGUCGGUCAGAAACAAGAAAAUUAAAGUUUUUCUCUCCUAAUCAAUUCGGGUUUGUGUUUUUUUUUUCCGUCUUAAUCGAAUCAGUUUCCUUUUUUUUUUUUGUGCAAAAUCGAAUCAGUUUCCUUUUUCCUUUGAGAGUUUCUGCGUCUUCAAUUGUUAUAUAUAGAUAUCAAGAGGCGGAAGAAAUCUGUAAUCUCAGGACAGAACGAGGACAAGUAAGUUGCUUUGUUUUUUUUGUUUAAUUGAAGGUUGACUUAACUUGUUAACAAGGAAGGAGGUUUGGGUUAAAGACGUGGGUUGUCUUUGAGAUGAAGAAGAUGUCUGAUCUCCCAAAGGAUAUGGCUGAGGAGGUUCUCUGUCGAAUUCCAGUGACAUCUCUGAGACCUGUCCGAUCUACUUGCAAAAAGUGGAACAAGUUGUCCAGAUGUGGCGUAUUCGCUAAGAAGCACAUUGAUCGUCUAGGAGAAGAAGCAAAGGAGGGCCGUCUUGUGGUCAUGAUGAUGGAUUAUAGGGUUUUCUUGAUGAGAUUCAAUCUUUCCAACAAAUCAUCAUGUGUAGUAGAGCGUGAAGCUAAGCUUAUUGGCCCAGACGGUUCAGAUCAAAUCGAUGUGCGUGAAAUCUUUCAUUGCGACGGUUUAUUGUUAUGUAUUCUCAAAGAUGAUCACUCCAGGCUCGUGGUUUGGAACCCUUAUUGGGGGCAAACCAGGUGGAUCGAGCAGACACACGACUGCCACUUAGUGGACCAGUAUACGUAUGCUAUCGGUUACGACAGUAACAGUAAGUCCCAUAAAGUCUUGAGAUUUAUUGAUUUUAUAUCUAGUUUUGUCGAGUUCAAAAUCUACGACUUAAGUUCUGAUUCGUGGAGGAUUAUUCUUGACCUCCACCCUCGAAACUCCUGGAUGGUAAGAUAUGGUGAACGUGGCCUAUCUUUAAAGGGAAACACCUACUGGUUUGCUUCAGACGUAGAAUCUGGCGAUGGUUUGUUAGCCUGUUUUGAUUUCACAAGAGAGACAUUCGGGCCGCCUCUGCCUCUGCCGUUUGAUUCUUAUUUUGAAGAUACUGUCAGUCUAUCUAGUGUUGGAGAAGAUCAGCUUGUGGUUUUAUUCCAGACCACUAAUAUAUUGACGUUUGAGAUCUGGAUCUCCACUAAGAUUGGUGAUGACGACCCUAACGCCGUGUCCUGGAACAACAAGUUUUUCUUAUCAGCGAAUAUCAAACAACUCCUUCACCCUCAGUGGCAGUUUCCUAUAUCUGCGGGUUUCUUCAUUGACGAGGAGAAGAAGGUCGCCGUGGUUUUUGAUAAAGACGCAGAUAUAAAUAACCCCACUCGCGAAGUAGCUUACAUCUUUGGAGUAGAUGGAUCCUUGAAAGAAGCAGCAGAUGUCAGAGAAUGUGCAGACAAUAUUUAUGAUGCAUUUGUUUGCUCAUAUGUUCCAAGCUUAGUGCAGCUUAAUUAGCUCCCCCCACCUAGCUGUUUAUUUUACUUGUUUUGUUUCCUCUCAUCGAAAGACUAGUGUACUCAAUACUCAUAAUCUAUUUUUAAGUUUUUGUUUUC